AAAGCCAAAGAUCCCAAUAAAAAUUCCCUCGGUUCGACGGUGGGUAUGUUGGCGUCCAGCAUCAAUUUCAAAAGUGAGGGUAAACCGGGUGAUAUUGCCCUGGCCCGAUAUGCCACCUAUUUUAAAGCAUUUGCCAGACUUUAUCUCAAUCCGGAAUAUAUGUGGACCAGCGAACUACUUGAUGAGCUGCUGCGUGAAGGUUUGGCCUUGUAUACCCAAUCGGAAAAGGAGGGGAACGCCUUGGAAUCACCCUUGGAAAUAUAUUCGGAAAGUGAGCAGCGGAUACAAAGAGAAUUUCAAAUGUCCGGCUGUGGCUUUCAUGUGGAAUUGAUGAGGAAAUUCCGAAUGGGUGAUGAUAAUGGAGCCAAGGGUGAUCAUGAGGAUGUUGGAGGUGAUGAAGGAGAGUUACCAUUUAGGGAUUUAAAAAAUUCGCUUCGUAAAUUUUUCAAGAGCUACAAAUAUGGCCUCCUGACCUUCGGCAAUGUCAUUUAUGUCCUGCUGUGGCGUUCCCAGGGUGCCUAUAUGAUAUUGGAUGUAUGCGGUCGCCGUAUGGAUUUCCAAUCGGAUCGUGAAAAGGGUAUGGCCAUGUUGGUGUGUGUGCAAAAUUUGGAAAAUGUACGUCACCUUUUAGUGGGUCUUACAAAUCUCCCCAAAAUCGAUUCAUUUUCGCUGCGAGAAAUGAAAAUGGUUAAGGUCCAAAUGCCAUCGGGAGAGGUGGUACAGCGGGACUAUGGACUGAGAUUGCAACAAUGGGAGUGUGUCAAUGAGGAUUAUGCCUAUUUGAAGGCCUCAUUGCAUUUGUCAUUGAACCCGAAGGAUCUGCUAAGGAAUCGAAGUGCCCUUCCCGCCGGGGUAAUGGCAAUUGUGGUCUCCAAAUUGGAUCAUCCAGCCACCUGGAAUAUGAAAAUCUUGGAUAAGAUAAUGUGUUAUGGUGUAAGAUUUUGUCAACAGGCAUAUUGGGCUUCGUGUCCGAUGCAGGGUGGUGGUGGCGCAAUAAAUGUCCUGGAUUUCCCCCACCUUUUUGAUAUGGCCCAAUAUAGAGUGCGUAUCGAUUUGUUGGCAUCAAAAUAUGAUGGAUUUUGGAGAUGUGUGCCGGGUUAUCGGUAUUCGGAAAUGGCGGAUCACAUAGGCAAGGCCUUUGUGGAUGGGGAUAAUCAGCUGUUACUGCAAAUCAAUUAUCAAUUUUAUGCCAUUUGGAGGAAAAAUGAUUUCAUAUAUCUCUUCGAUCCAUUUCGUCAUCGGAUUUUGGGUCAGCCGGAUACUUCGGCAGCGGGCAGCUAUGAGGAAAUGGAAAAAAGUGGGACUCUGAGGAUGUUCGGCUGCAUGGAGGUGUUCCUUAAUACCCUGCAACAUAUUCUGCUCGAUUCAAAUCGAAGUAGUCCGUUCCGCAUACACAGCCUGAGGAUUUUGAAAAUUGCGAAGAGAGAUCAGAAGGAAGAGGAGGAGGAUUUGAAUUCCAAUGUGGAAGUGCAAUCCCUAAAUGAACAUGUCUGUUUUGAAGAAUCCGAUGACUUCUGCCACAACCUCUUGGCCGAGAUCAGUGAUUAUGAAGAUGAGGAUCUCUUAUCGGAUGUGGAUGAAUUGGAGCUGAGAACCUCAUCGAGUGAGGGUGAACUGGGUUUGGAGGAAGAAGAGGCCGGCGGCGGCGGAGAAGAAGAAGAAAUGGAGGGCUUAGAAUCAUCUUCGAGUGGAGAGGAGGAUAAUAAAAAAGGUAAAGGAGGUGGAGCAGGUUCCGGUAAGGGUGGUAAGGCCAAGAUAACGAAAAAAUCCAAAAAAUCCGCUGGGAAAGGGGACAAAAAAUCUGGUGGUGGUCAAAAGGCCAAGGAACGCAAAAAGGCUGGGGAGUCAAUGGAGGAUGAGGAGAACAAAAAUCAGGAAAAUGAGGCCUUGGGAAAGGAGAAAAAUCCGUCAAAACCUCCGGGAGAUGAAAGCAAAUUGAAAACGGAAAAAUCAAAAAUGGAGGACAAAAAUGCCAGCAAGGAGGCGAACAAAAAGGAUACCCAUAAAGAAUCCGAAGAGGGGGAUAAACCUUCUAAAGGAACUACCAACCUGGAAGAAACCGGGGACAAAAAGAAAUCGGAAAAUGAAGAGAAGAAGAAAAUACCGGCGGAGGGUCAAGGGCUGGAAAAACCACCAACAACCCCGAUAAGCAAACCCCCCGAAGUUGUGAAACACGACAAACAAGUUGAGGCCAAGUUAAUGCCCAGUGAAACUCCAGCCGCUCUUGCCGGCGAUACCUUGGAAGUUCCCAAGACAUCCUCCAAAAAAUCCCACUACCCCAAAUCCUCCGCCUGUGGCCACGAAGCCGACAAUGAACAUGAAACGGAAUCACUCUUCGAUAUUAAACGUUUCUGUACAACAACGAUACCCAAUCCGAAUCGUUAUCCAGGCUAUUUUAAAUGCCCGCUCGAUAUGGCUGUGGUGGGUUCGGAAAAUGGCAGCUAUGAAAGUCUAUCGAAAUUGUUGUUGGCCGGCUUUAGUCGUGCCGAUCGCCUAUUGGCCAUGACACCCUGGGGUAAUUUUGUGGUAUUUCGAUGCUUUACGAACGGUGGAGAAAAGGAUGAACGGGGUCAGGAGCGUCCUCACGCUUAUUACCUUUUCGAUGGUUGCACCUGUAAUGUCAAUCGGUUCCGACACUUAGAUUUAAGUUUGGGCACGGCGGGUCUACUUUGUUUCCAGCAGUUGCAUGAUGUCAUCGAAUAUAUGCGGAGGAUACGUCAGAUACGCCAGAAGGAGAAGCGUUGUAAACGGAAGGCGGUGGCGCCCACAGCCGAUGAAAUAUGUCAGGAAUAUUGUGGUUAA